AUGAAGACAUCAAUUCUCUACACGGCAUCCCUGCUCAUCACCGCAACCACCGCUUUUCCCACCGCCCUGCUCAACAACGACAUCAGCAGUGACACACUUGCGGAAAUCAACAGUAUCGUUGCGAAAAUCGAGCGCGAGGCCGCCGCUGCGUCGAAUACAAAGCGGCAGUUGGGAUUUGGAUUCGUUAAGCCGGGGUUCGAUGCUAAUGUGCAGCGUGUGAGCAAUACGGGGGUGCAUCGAUAUAUAGCACCAGGCCCCAACGACAUCCGUGGACCCUGCCCUGGCCUCAAUGUCCUCGCAAACCAUGGAUAUAUCUCGCGAACGGGAGUUGCAUCUGUGCUUGAGUUGACGACUGCAUCGACUGAAGUCUUCGGCAUGGCAACCGACCUCUCAGCCUUCCUAUCCGUCUACUCCGGCCUCGUCGCCGGCGAUCUCACCACCGUGUCUAUUGGCGGUAAGCCCAAGAGCGGCGGUCUGCUUACAAGCGCGACGUCGUCGCUUGGCCUGCUGGGCGAGCCGCAGGGAUUGAGCGCGUCGCAUAAUCGGUUUGAGGCGGAUUGUUCGCCUACGCGAGCGGAUUUGUACAAGACCGGCGAUACCGACUCCCUCGACCUCUCUCAAUUCGAACAACUAGCUGCCAUGCCGCUCGGCCCGAACGGAUACGAUCUCACCGUCAUGCAUCCCUUCCGGGGUUCGCGCUUCAACAACUCAAUUGCGACGAAUGGACGCUACUUUGCGGGGCCGUUUACGCACUUUGCGAUCAACACGGCGACGUACCUUUUUACUUUCCACUUUUUCCGCAACCACAGCGCGCAGUUUCCUGAUGGCUACCUGGAUUUGGAGACGCUCAAGGCGUUUGAGGGGGUGACGGGUGAGAAGGGGAGUUUUAAGUGGGCGUCUGGUCGGGAGAGGAUUCCUGAUAAUUAUUACCGCCGUGCUAUCGGUGAUGAAUACGGUAUUGCGUCUUUUGCUCUCGACGCUGUACGCGCGCUGCAGGCGCUCCCCUACAUGGCUGUUAUUGGCGGUAACACCGGCAAGCCUAACACGUUUACUGGUGUCAAUAUUGCGGAUUUGACCGGUGGUGUUUUCAACGCUGAGACGCUGCUUCAAGGCAACAAUGCCAUGUGCUUUGCGUUCCAGUUUGUGCAGUUUGCCUCGCCGGAUAUCCUGGAUGGCCUGCUUGGCAAUGUUGUGCUUGCGCUACGCAAGCUGACGGGUGUGCUUGAUCCUAUUCUUGCUACGCUUGGGUGCCCACAGGCUGCCAAGUUCGAUAUGGGAUUGCUUUCGAGCUUCCCUGGUGGAAAGAUGUAA